AUGAAAUCAAUCGUCAUGGCGACUACUACUUGGUUCUGUGAAAACUGCAUGAAGGCCUUCAAGGCCUUCAUGAAGGAUAUGUUCUCAGUGCGUGCGAUUGAUCCCACCAAGAGCCGCGUACUGCAUGAUGCACGCUCAAUCAUAUCAGAGCAAGUAUUGACAGGAAUCGUUCCUUGUAUGUUGAACUGCCUUGACUUGGAGGGGUGGGAGUACGACCGUCUCUGCGCUGAGUUGGAGGAUCUGGAUGCCAAAUCAUUCAUUCAUCAGUGCUUUGAUAUUCAGAAUGAGCGAUGUGAGAGGCACGAAUUCAACUCGUCUGCCUGUCAUUUAGACCCUCCACAGUUGCUCGCCAACUUGUGUCAGCUCAUCGAUACUUCAGGGAUGAAUCCAGACGAAGGUGAACUCCAUCGUAGGGACCUCAAGUCUCCACCAACGGAUGACCCAACGAGCAAAGAACCUACACGAACGCGCGCUCCGCCCAAAAUCACCAGCGCCUCGCCCACCCGCAAGAUCCUAACUCUGACAGAGCUUACGGACGUCCCCAGCACCCUCUCUACCACAGAUUCUCCGCCCACAACGGCAAACAGCCUCAUCCCUACGACAUUUAUCACGUCGUCCUCUUCCUCGACAUCCAUCGAUUCCGACCUCAACUCCACCUCCGCUUCCACCACACCAUCGCCGUCAGGGACGACACCGGUGUCACUCAAUCUCUCGACGGGGUCAAUAGUAGGAAUCGCCAUUGGCGCUGCCUUGCUCUGCGGGGUGCUCUGGCUCGGAAUCCGAUGUUGUUUCAAGCACGGACAAAAACUAGACGCUGCGAAGGAUGACCUGCAUUCAGAGAGAUUGAUACCCCUAGAGUUCGCCACAGUUCCCGAAAAGUACGGAAAUACCAUCAGUGAGAUUGACAGUCGAGUGACUGCAAAUCCGCCUAGACCUGUACGAGAGGACGUCUAUGAAUUGGGAGGCGAGCCUGUGGUUGCGCCUCGUCCGGACGAGGAGACACCUAAGAUUGUAGCCACAGUUGCGGAGGGAAUUAAGCAUAAGGAGCAGACAGAAACUGUGGCUGUCAAUGAGGUUGGCGGAGGGGGCUUAGGGACUAUCCCAGAGGCGGUCGAAGAAGUGAGAAGAGACCAGACGGUGGAAGCUUGCAAUCGCAUCAAGUGA